CCGCUAUCAACAACACACAUAUACACGCACCCACACCACGAAUUAUUGGAGAUUCGGUACUCCGUGCGGUACAUAAUAAUCGCGCAAUGGCACGCGGAUAGUUGUGUAUUUUUUACAUUUAUUUAUUUUUUUCACGGAUGCUCUCGGGUGACACAACGAUGGCGUCAACUUACAUCAAGGAUGAAACUGGCACAUUUAUCCCAGCAAGUCAACGACCUGAUGGCACAUGGCGUAAACAACGACGUGUGAAAGAUGGAUAUAUUCCUCAAGAAGAAGUUCCAUUAUAUGAGAGCAAAGGAAAGCAAUUGGUGAAGAAACCUUUAUAUCCAGUGGGUGCUAGCCCAGAAUUUAUAGCCGAGCACAAAGCCAAGUUGGAAGCUCUAGCCGGGAAAAACAAAAUAAUACCUGGUACGCAGGCGAAAACGCAAGAGGGAUCCAAAAAGAAGAAAAAGAAAAACAAGUCUAAAGCGGUUGAACCAGUUGCUGAAGGAUUGUCCAAACUAUCGAUCUCAGAGCCCGAAUUUCACAAAGAAGUCUCAACUCAUGAUAAUGACAAGCCAUUAUCCACUGCAAAACAAAUUACGACAAACAAUAUAAUUAAGGACAAUUCAAAAAUUACACAAAAAACGACAACCGAUCCUCAAAAAAGAUUAAAGAAUUUGCGCAAAAAGAUUAGAGAAAUUGAAGUGUUAGAGGAAAAAAUCAAAACUGGUGCUUUGAAAAAUCCUGAUAAGGAGAUACUUGACAAAGUGGCACGAAAAACAGAUAUUUCCAAAGAAAUAAGAAGAUUAGAAGUUGCUCCAUAAAAAGGAGCAUAUCCAAUUAAAAGUUUUACAUGGAUUUGUUAGUGCCAUCCAAUCCCAAAACCUUAUCAACAACAAGUGUGUGAUUAUAUUACUUGAUAGAGCAAAUCUUUAUUCCUUCCGACGAUCAAUUUUACAUACAGCAACUGCAUCUUAUAUUCAUUAUUCUUGUUUACUCUGCAUAGAUUGAUAAUAUUGAUAAAUAUAUUGAAUAUAUUUAUAAUGUAAUGGUAUAUUAUGCCAACAAUUUUAAUACUCGAUCAUGUAAACUAUACAUAUACACACACAUUCAUACAUACAUAGUAUUUCCUCACUAACAAAAAAAUGUAUAGAAUUGGCCGCUUUCUGUUAAUUAGCAGACUCAUUUAACUUAUAACACCAGAUAUUGUGCCAUAAAUCAUUGCAGCAGUUUUUCCGAAAAUAAAGGAGAGAUGACAAUAACAACAAAUAAGAUGAGAAUAAGAGCAAAUAAUAUUUAGCAUUAAAGUUUUAAUACUGUCAGAGAAUUGCUCCAAACUUACAAAAUAAAAGAAGAGUUUUGCCAAAAAAACUUUUUCUUGAAACGAAAAAUCUUCAUUAGCGAGGAAAUACAUAUGUAUAUACAUAUAAAAAAAACAACGUGUGAAAGUUUUAAUAAAGACAAACGGAAUUUUUCGUUAAA